AUGGAGCGUCCAUACGGGCACCUGGCAAUAUGGCUAAAAGCGGUCAAUAAAGUUCUCCGAAAUCAUAACAUCAAGCCACAUUGGAUGUUUGCAUUGGACAGCAUAAUCAGAAAAGCUGUGCAGACAGCUAUUACUAUUCUGGUCCCAGAAUUGAGGCCACAUUUUAGUCUUGCAUCUGAAAGUGAUACAGCAGAUCAAGAUGAUAUAGAAGUUGAAGAUCAAGAUGAACAGCCUCAGAAUCAAACUAUCCAACAGCCUUGCAUUGUCAUGGAAGAUGCAGUAGCUACCUCAGGUGUAAGCACACUCAGCUCUACGGUAUCCCAUGACUCCCAGGCUGCUCACAGAUCACUGAGCGUCCAGCUGGGCAGGCUAAAAUUAGAGACAAACAGGUUAUUGGAGGAGUUGGUUCAAAAGGAGAGAGAAUUUCAAGUCCUCUUACAUCAAGCUAUAGAAGAAAAAGAUCAAGAGAUCAGAAACCUACGGCUUAGGUCACAGCCAAUAGAUAUUCCUGGAUUGUCUGUCUGUCAUCGUCAUUCCACUGGCACAGGGACUGAACACCCUGACCUCAUAAACUGGCUGAGCAUUCAAGGAGCUGAUGAGGCCACGAUAAACAAGUUCUUGGCUGAAGACUAUACAUUAACGGAUGUUCUCUGCUAUGUUACACGAGAUGAUCUGAAAUGUUUGAGACUGAGAGGAGGAAUGCUAUGCACGCUCUGGAAGGCCAUCACUGACUUUCGAGAGAAACACGCCUGACACUGAAAUUUUUCUUCGCUUCUCUGCAGAGAGGAAAAGAUUUCCUUUCAGCACAGAGCAGGUGUGCUGUCAGAAGGACUCUUGCACUUUAAUCCAGUAUUUGUUUACCAAUGUUAAAAACACUGCAGCUUCCUGACUGCUUUUACUCUUAUAAUCCAUAAUGAAUCUGUAAACAACCUGCAACAUUAUUUUACUUUAAAUGUUUUUACAUGCAUUUUUUUCAAAAAUUAAACCACCACAAACCACCAAAACCCAUUAUAAACUCAUGAAAUAUUGUAGUUAAAGUAACCACAUGUUAAUUUCAUGAAAAACUGAUGUAAGUUUUCAUGUGACUGUACAUCACUGGAACAAAACCAAAAUGUGACAACAACUUCGCAAGUUUCUUUUUCUUUGUAAUGUACUUCAAUAAUCUGUAGUAGAACAUCAUAAUUUCAAUCAUAAUUAGAUAUUUUUCUUUUAGUAUGCAAGACCUAAAGGUAAUUGUUUUCACCUACUGCCCUACAUAGUUUAAUAUUGUUUAUUUUUGGUAAUUUAAGUAAGUUCUAUGGUGCAUUUGUUUUAGAGUUGUUUAUGUACUACUGAACUGUACCAGUUGCAUACACCUGAACCACAGUACUGUUAGCUUGUUCUAAAGCUAUCUCUGACAUACACAGUUGAAAAUAAAAAAGAACCUAAG